AUGUUUGGGGCUGAAAAAGAAAGUUCUGUUGAAUUACUGCACUUUGGAGAUCAGGUUACUCUGUACUCAAACAAUGAAAAUGGUGGAUUACUAUGUAUGGAAGGUCAAAUCAGUAAUAAGCCAAAUGUGAUGCCACUGAACAGCAAACAAAAUUUUGCAACGUCAUUGUCAAGAGAUUGUCGUUUCUUUAUACUUGCUAUGCAAAAAUAUCAAACUAAAAAUGCAGAUUUAGAAAAUGAGAUAUGCUUUCGAACAGACAAGUUUAUAGAGGAGUCUGGGGGUGCAAAUGAACAGGAAAGCAAAACACAAAGACGUUUACAAGAAUCUGUGGUCUAUUACGGUAACAUAAUCGAGCUUGUUCACGUCAAAUCGAAUAAAAUACUUCGAGCUAAAAAGCAAUUAUCACCUGAGUUUAACGAUGCUUCAGUACGUUUUACAUUAGAAGAAUAUCAAGGUGAUGAAUCAUGGUUUAUCAUUCAACCAUCCUAUAAACAUAAACAGAUGGGUGAUCCAGUUAUGAUUGGUGAUAAAGUGAUUCUAUUUGCUUGUCGCGCUGGUUGUGCAUUGAAUAUUGAACAAUUGAAUGCAACUACUAUUAAACAGCAUAAAUCAAUGUCUAGCAUUGAUCAUCAUGAAAUAAAUAAUAAUAAUAAUAGUACUAGUUGGCAAAUUAAUCUUUAUUUAAGUUAUCAACAUAAUUUACAACAUAUAUUGAAAGGGGGUGAUAUUAUUAGAUUGUUUCAUAGUGAAACAGAAAAAUUUCUUACUUGUGAUCGAUACGAAAAUGAAUUACAUGUAUUUUUACGGACAACAUUUCGAACAGCUACCACGGCUGCUAAAAGUUCCAAAGCAUUAUGGGAGAUUGAAGUAAUUCAUUCAGAUUCGAAACGAACUGGAGCUGGACACUGGAAUAGUUUAUUUCGUUUGAAACAUUUAAUUACCGGGCUAUAUCUAUGUCCUAAGGUUAUUAAAAUGAAUAAUAAAUUUGAAGAUUCACUCACUACUACUACUACUUCUUCUUUUAAACAGACACAAAAUAAUCAGUGUAUGGAAGAAUCAUUUUUAACUUUAUCUAAAGAACCAAUAUAUGAAACAAUUUUUGAAUUGGAUUCAACUAGUCAUCAUCAAGUGAAUGAUGGAUUGAUACCAAACAAUGCAUUUGUACGUAUAUGUCAUACAGCUACACAUAUGUGGAUUAAAGCUAGUGAAAUACCAAUUGAUAUGGAUGUUGAUAAGCCUAUUAUGUAUAAGCUUAAUCUUACUUCAUGUAAAGAUAACAAAGAAGUAUUUGCUAUUCUACCUGUACCAGCGAAUGUUGUCAGAGAUUUGGAUUUUGCUAGUGAUUCAUUUAAAGCACUAAGAGCUAUUCUUUGUAUGCUGAAUGAUCAUGGCAAAUUGACAGAAACUCAAAUGAGAUCAUUGAUAUUUAUUCUAUCUGAGUUAGUGAUGUUUCUUAAUGGGAAUAAUACACGUGUAACAUUUGAACCAAUCCAAAAUGAAAUAGGUUUACGGGAUAGACAAAAAUUAUUGCGUGAACAUAAUAUUAUUUCACAGAUAAUUGAAAUAUUGAACAUGAAAACGAUAAGCAACUUACCGAAACAAUCUACAUUAAUUGUAAAUAAUUAUUUGAAAAAUUCAAAUAUUUUAUUAUGGAAACCAGAUAUUUCUUUAAUAUCAAUUCUACAUGAAACAGAAAUCCAAUCGAUUGAUACAAAUCAACAUGAUGUUUAUUUAGAUGAGAAAAAUGAAAUAUUAGCAUGGCAAACAGUUGGAAUUCUAUGUUAUCGAAUCUUAACAUUAUCACAACAUGGUUAUAGAAAAAAUCAGGAGUAUUUAGCACAGUAUUUGAAUUUAAUGCAAACGCAUAUUGGCUUAGGCAUAAGAGCAUCAGAAACAAUCACAGCUCUAUUGCAUAACAAUCGACAGUUACUUGAAAAACGUGUUGGUGAACAAGAAGUUUCUGCAUUUAUUUCUCUGGUGCGUGACAAAAUCGAAGCACGAUUUUUAAACAAUUUAUCAGCAUUAUGUAGUUCACGUGGUGUAGCAAUUCCUGUUACACAAGAACUUAUUUGUCAUCAAUUAUUAUGUGAGAAAAAUGAAGAUUUACUAGUUGAAACAUGCGAAAAAACAUUUGUUGAUUCAGAGGAGAAAAAUUAUUCAACAGAUGUUAUAACUUUAAUUUGGAAGCAAACCAAUUUGAUCGAUGAAAAUUUCUGGAAAACUGUCGAUUCAACUUUAAUUUUAACUGAACAACCUCAUCAAUCUACUAGUCAAACAUCAAGAAGCUGUUACCUAGAAUUCAAUUUGAAUGCUUUAAAUAAUCUGGCUAAUCAACCGAAAGAGGAAAUGAGUGAAGAUGUAAAAAAGCAAAUUGCCUUGUGUUGUUUAAUGUUGGAUUAUUAUCAAGCACAAAUUGAUUUAUUUGCAAUUUUAUGUCAAGACAGGCAAUAUAUUGCCAUAAAUUAUUUAACAUCCAAACUAUCUGUUCAAUUAUUAUUAAAGUGA